CCUCUGGGGUGGGAUCGCCGGCCGUAAGUGGCUGUGGAGCUGGGGGCGCCGCGCAGUGGGACCAUGGCCUCGGAGCAGCCGCUGGCGGCAGUCACCUGUACAGCGCCGGUCAACAUCGCGGUCAUCAAGUACUGGGGCAAGCGCGAUGAAGAGCUGGUUCUGCCCAUCAACUCCUCCCUGAGCGUCACUCUGCACCAGGAGCAGUUAAAAACCACCACAACAGCCGUCAUCAGCAAGGACUUCACCGAGGACCGGAUUUGGCUGAAUGGCCGGGAGGAGGACGUGGGGCAGCCGCGGCUCCAGGCCUGCCUGCGGGAGAUCCGCCGCCUGGCCCGGAAGCGGAGGAACGCGUGGGAUGGGGACCCACUGUCCUCCAGCCUCAGCUGCAAAGUGCAUGUGGCAUCGGUGAACAACUUCCCCACGGCUGCAGGCCUGGCCUCCUCAGCGGCGGGCUAUGCCUGCCUAGCCUACACCUUGGCCCGUGUCUACGGCGUAGAGAGUGACCUCUCAGAAGUGGCUCGCCGGGGCUCAGGCAGCGCCUGCCGGAGCCUGCAUGGGGGCUUUGUGGAGUGGCAGAUGGGAAAGCAGACUGAUGGGAAGGACAGCGUCGCCCGGCAAGUGGCCCCCGAGUCACACUGGCCUGAACUCCGCGUCCUCAUCCUUGUGGUGAGCGCUGAGAAGAAGCUGACAGGCAGUACUGUGGGCAUGCGGGCCAGUGUGGAGACCAGCCCCCUGCUGCAGUUCCGGGCCGAGUCUGUGGUACCGGCGCGCAUGGCGGAGAUGACCCGCUGCAUCCGGGAGCGAGACUUCCCCGGCUUCGCCCAGCUGACCAUGAAGGACAGCAACCAGUUCCACGCCACCUGCCUCGACACCUUCCCGCCCAUCUCUUACCUCAAUGCCGUCUCCUGGCGCAUCAUCCACCUGGUGCACCGCUUCAACGCCCACCACGGCGACACCAAGGUGGCGUACACCUUUGACGCGGGCCCCAAUGCCGUGAUCUUCACCCUGGACGACACUGUGGCUGAGUUUGUGGCUGCUGUGAGGCACAGCUUUCCCCCGGGCUCGAACGGAGACGCGUUUCUGAAGGGGCUGCAGGUGAGGCCGGCCCCUCUCUCAGCUGAGCUUCAGGCUGCGCUGGCCAUGGAGCCGACGACCCCCGGUGGGGUCAAGUACAUCAUUGCCACUCAGGUGGGGCCAGGACCCCAAAUCCUGGACAACCCCAGCGCCCACCUCCUGGGUCCUGACGGCCUGCCGAAGCCAGCUGCCUGACCGCCUCAGCAGGACCGCACGCGCGUGGAGAAGGGGUGGCCUCGCCAGAGCUAGGGAGCGGGUGUGGUGGGCUCCGGACUACUGGGACAUGUGGGUGGUGGCUUGUCCCGGGGCCCAUGGACAGCUUGCUGUGGGGCCGUGCAGGGAGCCCUGCAGCUGCCCAGGUGUCAGGAGAGGUCCCUGCCGAGUGCUUCAGCUGCCCCGGGCUUUGCCAAGAUGGGAUGGGGUGGGUAUGAGAGCUGGCAGAGCCUCGGUGCAGCAGGGCUGACGGGCUCUCACCACAGCUCCGGCUGCUCCCAGUUCUCCGAGACGGGAGCUCAGCGGGGAGGUGGUGUCCCUCCAUCGGACUAGGAAAGGGGUCACUGUGCUGGGAGCAGCCUCCUCGGGCCUCAGGAAACCACCAAGUGCCUUAGAUGGUGGCUGCCCACAGCACUUCUGCUGAGACCCUGCCCCAGGCCUAGGUGUGGCUGGAAUGGUGGUAGGAGUGGGCACCAGUGUGGCCCUGGUGGCCGUGGGGAAUAAACCAGCAUUGCUGCCUCCUG